UCAGUGAAAAGUAUUUCACAAAUUCAUUCCUGCUGCUGCAAAAGAGAAACACUAAUCUCACAACACAGUAUCUUCUUCAUACGAUAGAGAAAAGGAGCUUAAUUGUAGAAUUGGGGAAAGAUGAACUGGGGAUUUUCAUGCGCCUUUUCUUGGUCGUAGUACACAAAAUCAAAUUUUUUACAUGAUAUUGUAGCUGAAUUCAAGGAGUUCUCUUGCAAAUAUGCUGACCUUCAUUUCUAUUUUCUCCCUUGGGGGACAAAAUUUAGAGCAGUUGAUUUCUGCAAGCAAGAAACAGGUCCUUCUGUUACAAAUCUCAGAAUAGUAUAACUUUUUACGCAGAAAUUAAGUCGCAUUUUCUCAGACAAUGCUAGCAAUGCGGCCGGUGGAUGACAAGGAGUGCUACAGCCACAGCAGCCAUGGCCAUGGCGAGUCGAAUGGGCGGCUGCAGCGCAAGAACAAUCCGGCAUCAAGGCCGAAGCCAAUGCCGUCCAAGUGGGACGACGCGCAGAAGUGGCUCGUCAGCCUGUCCAACGGCGGCGGCGUGGACGGGAUCCACGGCGGCAAGGUGAAGCCAAGGAACUCCAACGCCGACGACCGGCGCCUGCUGAGCUCGUCCUCCCAGAACGGCCGCGUGUCCUGCAGCAGCGUGGAAGGCGCGCUGGAGUACAACAUGGUGGCCGCUCCCCCCACGCCGCCACAGCUGAGCGAGUCCGCCGACGACGUGAGCGAGACGAAGAAGAUCGACUACUGCAUGGGCUUGCCGCACCACGGUUCUCCCGUGGCGGUGCUCCGGUCGGUGUGCCUGAGGGACAUGGGCACGGAGAUGACCCCCAUCGCCAGCAAGGAGCCGUCCAGGUCCGCCACACCGCUGAGGGCGUCGACGCCCGUGUCGCGCAGCCCCAUACCGUCGCGGCCGUCCACGCCCGGCGGGCGGCGGGACGACGUGGCCGUGGGCAUUACCGCCGUCGAGGCCCGUACGGCUGAGCCCGUGGCCGGAGACAGAGUUGACGGUGGCAGCGGCUGUCCCGUGGAGGAGAGUAGCGGCGGGUUCGGCAUUCAUGCGCCAAGCUCGACAAACGCGCUCGAGUCCCGCGCCGCAGCCUGGGACGAGGCCGAGCGGGCCAAAUUCACGGCGAGAUACAAGCGUGAAGAGAUGAAGAUACAGGCAUGGGAGAACCAUGAGAAGAGAAAAGCUGAGCUGGAAAUGAAGAAAAUAGAGAUGAAGGCGGAACAGAUGAAAGCACGGGCGCAAGAGAAGCUGGCGAACAAACUGGCGGCCGCGCGGAGGAUGGCCGAGGAGAAGCGGGCGAGCGCGGAGGCUAAGCUUAACGAGCACGCGGCCAGAACCACGCAGCAGGCAGACUACAUCAGAAGGACCGGGCACAUGCCCUCGUUCUUCUCCUUCAAGAUGCCCUCCCUGUGCGGCUGAUACCACCAAACUAGCUGAAUUUUCGUGGCUAUAUCUUUCCAACGCAUUAUUUUUGUUGUCCUAGGAUGGGUGACCUCCUGGGAAGUCCUUGUGUUGCAUCCCUCCUUUUAGCCGUUUUG